ACUCGAGUGGCAUGCAUACACGCCCAAAGCAUGCGACCUGCAAAGUCCAAAUUCAGCUGAACCCACCCACGCUCUCCUCUACAUCACCUCCCCCACUCCACAAGCAGCCCAUACCAUAUCACACGCCAGCCAGCCAGUCGACACGCAGCCCAUCCCAUCAUGGAGAAGGCGCAGAAGAGGGUGGCCAUCGUCGGCGCCGGCGCGAGCGGCCUGGCGGCGUGCAAGCACGCGCUGGAGCGCGGCCUCCAGCCGGUCGUCUUCGAGUCCUCGGGCGCCAUCGGCGGCGUGUGGGCGCGCGCGCUGGCGUCCACGCGCCUGCAGACGCCGCGCACGCUCUACGAGUUCUCCGACUUCCCCUGGCCGCCGGAGGUCGCCGAGGUGUUCCCGGACCACGCCCAGGCCGCGGCGUACCUGCGCUCCUACGCGGAGCGGUUCGGCGUGCUGGAGCGCGUCCGGUUCGGAUGCCGCGUGACAGGCAUGGAGUACGCCGGCGUCGGCGAGGACGAGGUCCGGGCGUGGGACCGGUGGGCCGGCGAUGGGUCGGCGUUCGGGGAUGGCCGCGGCCAGUGGCGGCUCACCGUGCAGCAGCAGGGUGCCGGCGACGUCGAGGUAAGAGCACUAGUACGUACAGUGGGAACCUCAUACUGUACGACAGCGAAAUUUGUGUGGCUCAUCUUCCACUCCAGUACAGUGUCAUCCAUGAGCCCAUCACCAGAUAUUUUCUGUCGUACGGUGUCAUCCGUGUUGCUCAUUCUCAACGUUCUCCAAAAAACAAAAUGUUGCUGAUACUUAAAGAAAUCAAAGUACUGUAGCUGACAACAAUAGCUAACAGUGAACAUGUCUGCAUCAACACUUGAACAGAUCAUCCUGGCUGUGUAUAUCGCAACCAGCAUCAGCAUCAUAUAUAGACAACCAAUUUACUCUCGCCGUUCUAAAAUUUUUGUCUUAAAUUUGUCUACAUACGGAUGUAUCUAUUCACAUUUUAUAUGAGCUAACACUUCACUUCAUG